GAGGUUACCCGCAUCAGUCGGGGAGGGUACAAUCUACAGAUGACGCUGGGCUGGCCCAUUGCAGAUUACAAGGAAACUCGGUCUUUCAUUGUACACCUUGCCCAUGAACAUCUCAACAUAAACAAGUCAUGGAAAAGGCAAAAUCAAUCGUAUUUGCAGGUUGUUUAUUUAGAGGCCAUAAAAUGUUAUCCUAUCCUUGAUCGUUACCAUGAUAAUUGGGUUGUCAGCGAUAUGCUCCGUAUGUUUCUGAAAAAUAGUUGUACUCGCGAUUCUUAG